AUGCAAAUAAAAAAUCAACGUUAUUGUGGUUCGUGUUACGCCUUUGCUUUGGUCGGUGCCUUGAAAAAAACUUAUGCGCAAAUCUACAAUACUAGUGGUCCAUUAAGUCCACAACAAUUGAUCGAUUGCUCCUAUGAAAAUGGAUGUGAAGGUGGUAGUUUCGUCGGUGUUCUCAAUUAUAUCCAUGACAAUGGUGAUCGACUCAAUCUGGAAAAAGAUUAUCCAUCAACACCAACAGGUGCUAAACAAGAUAAAUGUCAAAAUUUUACCGGUCAAGUGUUAAGCUACAAUGCAACCCAUCGCCUUCAAUAUCGCCAAUUAUCGACAGGUAAUGAAAAUUACAUGAAGCAAAUUGUCUAUGAGCAGGGUCCAAUCUAUAUCUAUUACAAUGCCGGAAAGCGUGAAGGUAACGACACGGCUCUUCAUCAAACAUCGGCCAAAUUCGAUCAUUAUGGAUAUGGUAUUUACGAUGUUCCAGGUUGUCCGACCCAUGAAAAUAUGAAUCAUGCUAUGGUCAUUAUUGGUUAUGGAACACAAAAUGGAACGGAUUAUUGGUUGAUGGAAAAUUCCUGGGGCAUCACUUGGGGUGAUGAAGGCUUUAUCAAAAUUAAACGGGGUGCCAACAUGUGUGGCCUAGCUACCUAG